AUGAAAUUACCAAAAGAAGAUAAGAUUGAUUUAUGUUUAAUUCAAUAAUUUUUAGUUUUGUAGAUUUAUUUACCUUUUUCAUCUCCUUGGAGUUUAGAAAUAGUUAUAGCAGAUACAUCAAAAACAAAAAGAAGAAUUAAUUUAGUCAGUGCUUUAAAUAAAAUAGAAAAAAAAUUUUUUCAUGUAAAAGUCCCUAAUGAUAUAAUAAAACAUGGAACCUGGAUGAAUUUAAGUAUUGAUGUAAAUAGCUUUAUGGAAGUUUGGAAAGGAUAAACUUUUAGAUCUAUUGAUAGUGUAAUUAUAGGGUCUCAUUGUAAAUUAAGAAGAAUUUUUACAAUGAGGAGUCCUUUAUUUGAAUAUGGAGAGGAAGAAAAUUAAUUAUCAUAAUAAUAUUAUUGUUCAUAAUUAUUAGAAGACGUGCCUAAAAAUAUUAACUUUCCUCCAGGAAUUUAGUAUAUAAAUCAAAUAAUAAAUUAUUAAAAAAUAGAAGAAAAUGUAGAUUAAAGGUUAAUAGAAAAUAGUUAAAAUAAUAAUAUAGAAUCACUCAUAAUAAUAAAUAAUAAAAGUAUUCCUUAAAAUAAAACCGGAAUUAAAAAACUUAAAAUAUAGAAUAAAUAAAAGGGUCUACUAAUUCUAAUUUUAUAUAAUAACAAAACAUUUUAAAACCUAAAAUUUCUCCAUAAAAAUAAUAAGGUUUAUAAAACAAAGUAGUUUAAAGCAAAACUUAUUCCUAAAAAAAUAAUAGAAGUUAAGAAAAUAAAGGUGAAAUAAAAUUAAAAAGUACCAAAUAAUUAGAAAGCAUGAAAUAAUCGUAAAAUUAAUAAUUUUCUGAUUUCGAAGAAUAAAAAGACUAAUAUUCGAAUAAUUUAUAAAGUUCAUAAAAAUAAAAUCAAACAAAGCCUUAAUCUUAAUAAACAAAUCCUUGGACUACUUUGAAAAAUUAAGAAAUAUAAAAGAAAUAAAAAAGUCCUUUUACAUUAACAAGAAAAGAAAAAUCACUAAAAAAAUAAAUAAAAGAAAAAA